AUGGGAAAUGAAUCAAAGAAAGUAGAUAGUGAUAAAACAAAUCAUCAGGAGAUGAAGCAGAAUGACAAGUAUUCAGGGCAUGGAGAAAGAAAAUCUAAAGAUAACAAACAGAAAGAGGAAUCAGAAGAGGAUAAGACAGAGGUUAUUACAGAGCCUAUUAAAGGCAAAAAUACAAGAGAUCAAACUACGGAGAGUGAAGCCAGCGGAUUCAACUUUGAUUCAGAGACUGAGGGAGACUCGGAAGAGACUAGUAAAAAAGGGAGGAAUAAGGCUAAGAGGAAAAGGAUUGUUGUGGACAUGGACAUUUUAGAGUCUAAAACUAAAUCCUUUGAGAAAAAAAUUAUAAAAAAUAAGAAAGGGAAAGCAAUUGGAAAGAAGAAUCAGAGGAAGAACACUAAAAGGGAAAAUAUUAAAGACAUUAGCCAUGUUGUGAUAGAUUCUGAGGAGGAAGUUGAGGAGAUCAAGAAGGAUGAGGGUCGGGAUAAAGAUGGGGAGGAAAAUCUAGAAAUGGGUAACAUUGAGGGUUUGAACACCACAAGUCUGUGA